AUGUGUCCAUAUCAGGUCAUCUAUGGUAAGGCCUGUCACAUUUCGGUAGAGUUGGAGCAUAGAUCAUACUGGGCGGUAAAGAGUUGCAAUGCUGAUUUGGAGGAGGCUGGCAUGAACCGACUCCUUCAAAUUCAAGAACUUGAAGAAAUGCGGCUAUAUGCCUACAACAGCUUAGAUAUUUACAAGCAGAAAACCAAGCUUGUCCAUGAUGCCAACAUCUUAAGAAAGAAGUUCAAGGAGGUUGACAAGGUAUUGAGGUAUCAAGCUCGAUUCAAAUUCAAGAAGGGUAAGUUCAAGACGAGGUGGGAUGGACCCUACAUUGUGACGAAAGUGCAUAAAUUCAGGAUGAUAGAGCUCAAGGAGGAGGCCACAAGCAAAAUGUUUUAG